GUCGUUCUGACCAGCCGGCCCAAUGACUUGCUGUCGUUCUUUCGAACUCAAACGAAGAACACGAUCAAUAAAAAAAAAAAAAAAAAGUCUCCCUCUUCUCAUCUCAAGCCUCACCAUCUGCCAUCUAUCUCAUGAUUAUUGCCUUUUAUUUUCCUUUGGAAUCUGUUUCUCGCUUUUACAAACCCUAACACACACUCUCUCUCUCUCUCUCUCUCUCCCUCUCUAGAAGAAGGGAUUUAUCGCUAAACCCUAGCGGUGGCGAUAAGAGGAGAAAUUGGUACUGUAUUGAACCCUAGACAAGACAUUACUUAAUUUGUAUAUAUACAAAGAGACAGAGUGUGUUUCUGUCAUACUAAUUAGGAGAUGAGAUCGCAGGAGAGACAUAUCUAUAUGUAUCUGUAUAAUAAGGAAAGAUAAUGAGUAGACUGUCAUUCAGGCCGCGGCCACUGGACAUACACAAGAAACUCCCAAUUGUCAAGUCUGUUAAGGAUUUUGAAGAAGAUGACACCCCCACUUCUACUCGCAACUCUCAGCUCAUCCGUCUUGUUUCUGCAGACCUCGAUACUGAGGUAGAGACUUUCUUUUUUUGUUAAUUAUUAUUUUAUUGUAGUUUAUAAAAAUAUUCGCACCAUUCUGGGUCAAUGAAUCUCUUCUUCCUUCCUAUCUUCGCGCAAGGGGAGGUGUGUUCAUUUCACUCUAACUUCCUAUCUUCGAAUUGUGUUGGAUCACUGCGCGAGUUCUGCGAGUUCAACCAAGAUAAGAAAAUUCUCUUCCCUGAAAGGUUUGAAUCUCUUCUUUUCAAGUUGGAGGUUUUGGAUCACAAAGCUCGGGAAAGAGCAGGGGUUAUAACUCCGACUCUUGGUUCACCAAUCCCUGUACUUCUACAAUUUGAUGCUGCAAGUGAGGCUAUGCAAGCUCAAACUCAGUCCAUUAGACAUGCAGUUUUCCAGUCUGUUUAUAGUUAUUGGAAGGAUAAGCGUGAAAGAUGGCAGAAGCCUAUUCUCCGGCGUUUGCAGCCUCCUCCACCAGUCAAUGAUACCAAUCCUUACAAUGUCUUCAGGCCGAGGGAGAAAGCUCACAGACUCCAUACAAGAAGGAUGCAAAGAAGGGAAAAUAAUGUGCAGUCAUUUGAGAAGCUUCGCCAGGUCAGGCGCAACCUUGACCAAGCCAAGACAAUACUUGAGGUUCUGAUUAAGCGAGAGGAGAAAAAAAGGGAGGCAAUGGAGAAUGAGGUGAACCUUCAAAGGGUCCAAAUGAAAUAUAAGCAUGAAACUGAGCUCCUUGAAGAUAGCUUGGUUCUUCCUGGAUUCCCACCUAUCUCUUCCAAGUUUGCUUCAAGUGAAGAUGAAUUUGUAGAUUCAGAUGACUUAGCAAACAGUCGUCCGCGUGCUCGACUUGCUGCGUCUCAAAAUCCUCCUUUCAUGGACUCCCUUACAGUGCCUGCAGGAAGCGUGAAGCAAGAGUUCAGACGACGGCAUUCUCCAUAUGGAUGGCUUAAUAAAAUGGAUCCUCUCGAGCCAAUUCUGUUAUUCACAAAGCCUCUUGUUCCAGACAAGUUGGCAGCUGCAGGCAUUGCACCACCUGUAGAUUCCUCAUCAAAGAAUGGUGCAUCCAGCCCCCCUUAUAGAUUUCAUGGGAGAAUUGGCCGAGGUGGUCGGAUUAUAUUUGAUAGGUGGAACCCAUUUUUGGACACUCCAAUAGAUAUUCACAACUCUUUUUACAUGCCACCAAGAUCCCGGCCUUCGGCCUAUAACUAAUAUGAGUACUUGCAGUAUGUUGUUUCCUGCUCUGGUAGGUGGCUAUUUGGAUAUAGAUUCAGAGUUUAGUGUAAUUAUGCAUGUACAAGGAAUAUUUGCAUUGCCACGAGGCCUUUGUGACGGUGCAUUUUAGGUUGUGGCAGAAAGCUGAAGCUCAUGUACUCUGGAUAGCAUGCCGGUGCUACCUCCUUUGCACA